AAAUAUGUAUUGGGUACAGAGAUGAGGUAGUUAUUCAAAAAUCAUGUUGAACAUGAUUGCACACAGAGUGAGUCCAUGCAACUAUGUGAAUUGUUAUGCACAUUUUAACUCCUGAACGUAUUUAGGCUUGCCAUAAAAUGUUGAAUACUUAGACUUUAGACAUUUCAGCUUUUAAUUUAAUUCAUUUGUAAAAUAUAUAUAAAAAACUAAUUCCAUUUAGACAUUAUGGGGUAUUGUGUGUAGGCCAGUGGGGGGGAAAUGUAUUAAUGAAAACACAAACUAUGGAAAAAGUCAAGGGGUGUGAAUACUUUCUGAAGGCACUGUAUUUGUUGGGUGGUUAUGCAAUACUUUUUUGUAAACGAAAUGUGCAAUUCACUCUCCGACCUGUGUCAGGCGGCAAUACACAACAAGACGUCUAGUCUGCCGUAAAACCACACGAAGAAAAAUAAGUAAACGGAAGUGAACAGUGACCAAGAACGCCUUAGCGAUAUUAUAGUUCUUAUUUCGACAUUUAUUAACUUAAAGACAAUUUUAAUUUCAUAGCAAAACAUACUUACCACAGGCAGUCUUUAAUUCGCGUUAGAGACAGGACUUGGUUGAUAUGUGUUAUUUAGGUAACGCUAACUAGCUGCUAAGGUUAUCUAACAAUGGCUAACUGUAAUGGCAACGUUAUGGUUUUUCACACGCAAAUAGCCUCCAUCAUGGAGGUGUUAGCGAAUGCAGCCGUAGCAGAGAUCUGUAAACUCGUAGACGACGACUAUGCAGUGUGUCGUUUGGAAAUAACUCAAAGCCAGAAAGAAAACAGGGGAUUGCGAAGGAAACUACAGCUACUGGAACUGAAGGUGGCACGGGAGCGCGCAGAGAGGACAAUGCGAGAGCGCGUCCUCGGCAGUCGUCCCAGAAGUGUCAAGAUCCUCGACCGAUACAGAGGAAUGACAAGAGGUGAAGGACAUCUCACUGAAGGCCACAGGAGUUUUGUGAAGCCAGCGGGACACAAUACAUGGAGAGAUGACCAACCAAUCACUGUUGAUGAGGGGAGUGGAACCUCAACCCAGCACGUUAUCGUGAUAGAGUCUGCAGCUGCAGAGGUUGCAGGUUCUGGAGUCAAGCAGGAGAGGACUGAAGGAGAGAAGGACCCACGGCACAGCAGAGACAACCAGACUGGAGGGUCUGAAGCGCCCCCUGUAGCCACGGAGAACCCCACCACCGCCCCAGCACAGCCCAGGACCCGACACAGCAUCACGGAGGUCAGUGGAACGCAGAACGCCGUUCUCAAGUCAGCGACAGACACCAAGACUUUAACUGUAACACACAGGCUCUUACACACAGGAUCUGACCACAGAUCAGAACCAGAGAGACUGGGGGCACGGAGACUGGGCGUUCCUCCUGCCCCCAGCUCAGACUAUUUACCUGUAUUUCACCAAAGCCAGAGGAUGGUUCAUUCAAGUGGGCUUGGUGAAUCUUUAGACACUGGCAGUGAUGAUCCGUCGUGUUCUUACUCUACAGAGCUAGACCCUGGCAACAUGCCCUUGGGUUUAGAGAUACAGACUGAUCUGUCUAGAGGGGACUGGAACCGUUACAGUAGUAGUGUAUACUCUGAAGGGUGCCUUGAUAAGAAAGGGGAGGGUCUAGUCGUAGAUGAAGUGACUAUGAAAUUGGAGGGUGAUGUUCCUCCCACAUGGAAUGCAGAUAGUAACCUAGGAGAUGGACACUCACAGGGCAGAGAUUUCUUAGAUUACAGGGAAAGCUUAGAGACAAAUCCAAAUGUCACGACCCACUCUCCUUUACACUUGUUCAGGGAUCACGACCCAGUGUCCACAUCGAUGGGCCCCUCCGAUUUACACAGCCACGUCCUUUUCCAUCAGGUUUUGAACUCAAAUGACAGGGAUAGAGCCCAAGCUCAGGGAGGGGGAGCCACAUCAGGCAAUAGUAAAGAGAAACGGUUCAGCUGUACCCAGUGUCACAUGCGCUUCACCGAAGCUGGCACCCUGAAGAGGCACCAGAGGGUCCACACAGGGGAGAAACCCUACAACUGUCCCCAGUGUGAGAAGAGGUUCUCCCGCCAGGACCAUCUGAAGAUGCACCUGAAGAUCCACACGGGAGAGAGGCCGUUUGCCUGUACGCACUGCGGGAAGAGGUUUUCAGAGAGGAGCUACCUCAAGAUACACCUGCAGAAAAACCAUUCCACUCUAUAACAUAGAAAGUAAUCAUUCCACUCGAUAGCUUCUGACGUUUAGAUCAAACCCUGUAUUAAAGGUAGACUCGGCAAGAUGAUGUACAGUACCUUCGGAAAGUAUUCAGACCCCUUGACUUUUUCCACAUUUCUUUAGGUUACAGCCUUAUUCUGAAAUUGAUUAAAUUGUUUUUUCCCCCUCAUCAAUCU